AUGCCAACCGGCGAAUACGUGCUGGUAGUAAUAGAUUAUUAUAGCCGCUUCAUGGAAUUGGAAAUUAUGACCAAGAUCACUGCCUUUGAAACCAUCAAACGGCUCAACCGAAUUUUCCGAACCUGGGGACCUCCGAGGACGAUUACAUUAGAUAAUGCAAAACAGUUCGUUUCGACCGAGUUUGAAGAAUUCUGCAAAAAUAAUGGAGUCCAUUUGAAUCAUACUUCACCGUACUGGCCACAAGCCAACGGUGAAGUAGAGCGGCAAAAUAGAUCAUUGUUAAAACGAAUGAGAAUUUCUCACGCGUUGUACGAUGAUUGGAAAGCAGAACUUCAUCAAUAUCUGCAGCUCUACAACAAUACUCCACACUCGGUUACAGGAGUAUCACCGAACGAACUAUUGCAGAACCGGAAAGUUCGGACUAAGCUGCCACACGUUGACGACCUGGAAACAAUACCACCUAGCACUGACUUUAGAGACCGGGACUUGGAGCGCAAGACGCUCGGAAAAGAGCGGGAAGAUGCCAAACAGCUUGAGCGUAAUAAGGAAUACAAGGGCGCCGUCUACAAAAGUCUGGCGGAAGAGGUCCCUGGCGAAGGGGUUGAGGUGAGGGCUCUGACAGCAGAGCCUACUCGGAAUGUGAAGAACAUAGACGAGGUCACCGAGGCGCAAGAGCUUGUCACGGCACUGCGGCAACAGUACGAGGAACACAAGUAG